AUGCCUCGAUCACGACCCGCAACAACAGGCUAUGAACGCCUCGCACAGGCCGACGACAUCAGCGACGACUCAGAUGAGGAUCCCCUCUCCCAAUCUUACGCAUCUCUACAGCCCGCGGCUGCUCCACGAUAUGCCCCCGUAACUCAACCGCGCCAUCGUUCUGGCAUGGCCAGUCCCAAAUCAUUUGCCUCGUCAUCGCAACCCAAAUUUCGCCAUCGUUCAGGAAGUAGCGCCGGUGUCGACCUCAAGGCCAUCAAUGCUCGUCUGGAGCGAUGGGCAGACGAGAUCGCUUCGCGUUUCAAGCGCAAGGGGAAGAACCAGCAAGGCGAAGAGGAGCGCCUUGAAAUUCACUAUUCUGUCUUCCAACCUCCCGAGGGUGUUCGACCGGUGACCGCUGAGAGCAUUGCGGCACCGCAGGAAGGCGUCAUGACCAGAGCAGAGUUUGAAACUAUCGUGGAAAGCGUACGGAGUGCUAUUCGGCAAGAAAUCCACCCGAGUAUGAUUUCUCAAGGCAGUUCUGGUAGUUACUUUGCCCGAAAUCCCGAUGGCAAGAUUGUCGGUGUUUUCAAACCCAAGGAUGAGGAGCCAUACGCUGCGGGAAACCCCAAAUGGAACAAGUGGAUUCACAGAAACUUGUUCCCUUGCUGUUUUGGAAGAGCCUGUCUUAUCCCCAAUCUCUCGUAUGUCAGCGAAGCAGCUGCCUACGUACUCGAUUGCCAACUACGAACACAUCUCGUGCCAUACACAGACGUUGUAUGGCUUGCUUCCAAAUCCUUCCAUUAUCCAUUCUGGGAUCGCCGCAAGUUCCAUCGCAAGAAGAAGCCUCUCCCCGCAAAGCCCGGCAGCUUCCAAGUCUUCCUCAAGGGUUUCAAGGAUGCCAACGUGUUCCUUCGUGAACAUCCUUGGCCGGAUCAAUACUGGUCAGGAUUCCGUACAAACGAUGGCCAGAGUAAGAAGAAGAGGAGAUGGACAGAGAGCUGCCGUCCAUCAGGAAACGCCUCGCCGAAUGAUGGAUACAACAGCGACGACGAAGAAGCUACCCAAGCCGCGAAUCUUUUGGGUCCUGAUAACUUCAUAUGGACCGACAACUUGAAAGAAUCUCUGCGGGAAGAGCUUGAGAAGCUAGUCAUUCUUGACUACAUUAUGCGAAAUACAGAUCGUGGUCUGGACAAUUGGAUGAUCAAGGUUGAUUGGGAGACAGGCAAGGCCUCGAUAGCAUCAGACCCCAUCCAAAUGAACAUGGAACCCGUCGCAGAGGAAGAGGGCCCUCGGCCUGUUGAUCUUUCACAACAAGGGCCUCGUGCUACGAGGGCGUCAUAUCCUUAUAAGACCCAGAGACCUAUGAGCGCCUCAAGCCGACAGCCAGCAGGAAACGAGCCAGCAAUUACCAUUGGAGCUAUUGACAACUCACUGUCAUGGCCCUGGAAACACCCCGAUGCUUGGAGAAGUUUCCCCUUUGGCUGGCUUUUCCUCCCCGUCGACCUCAUCGGGAGGCCAUUUUCUCAAAAGACACGGGAUCACUUUUUACCAUUGCUGACUUCCACAUCAUGGUGGACUCAGACGAUCCUCGCUCUCAAGAGGGUGUUCCAGAUGGAUGUUGAUUUCCAGGAACGCAUGUUUGCUAAGCAAGUCGCCGUAAUGAAGGGCCAGGCCUGGAACGUCGUUGAGACACUCAAGACUCCUGAUCAUGGCCCUCUUGAACUGACCCGCCGAGCGAGAGUUUGCGUCUGGGAUGAUCUAGUUGACGUGCCUGUUGCUGUUCCUAUGCGCAAUACGUCCUCGGAAGUCCGCCGCAACCCCCACGUCCGUCAAUCUAUGGAUGAGGCCGACAUUGCUAGUUCGGCUCCGACCAGUAAUCCUCCAAUCGAGGACCUUCUCGGUCUGGCCAGUGCACCCGCCGAUAUGCCCCAUCCAGGUAGAUUCGAGCUCUCAUCUCCGACAGGCGAGACUGCUCAGUCACCAGAUGAGCUUCCCCCAACCGAACCCAACCUCCUGGCACCAACGGGGCAGCAACAAAACGGUGGGGACAUAGGCAAGCGUCCCACGGUCCAGGCAGCUGGGUUUAGGAACAGCUACCAGGGUCCCGUUCGUGCACUCAACAUGUAUGAACCAGCACGCCAGCAGGCACCGCGACAGCAACGAAGAUAUUCAUUUGCCAACGCUGCUGCCCGUCGUAACAGCAACACCAUCGCGCAGCAGUAUUAUGGUGAUAAUGAGAACUACACCGACGAUCUAGAAGGUGACCUAGGAUAUGCUGCAGCUGAGGGGCAGAUGGGCAACCAACGCAAGGUCAUUGUUGAGCGGCUUGAAGCCGUCAAGAGUAGGAAUCCAGUCUUCACCUGCUGGUAG